GUUAGGUAAUAGGUAUUAGGUACUUUCUGAGAAAGCAACGUAAACAAAUUCUGAAGUCAAAGAGUAUUAUCCAACAUUUUAGAAAUAGUCUAAAAUUAGCAAGCAGAACUGAAGUAAAACCUUGCAGAUAAAUCAACAUAGGAUACAAUUUUCAUGCUGAAUCAGUGUCUUCUUAUUGCUGUUGCGUGCGCAUCAUUGGGCUCUGUGCAAUCAUCGGUGGAACCAGCUGAGGCCGAGGGAUGUCAAGAACAUGAAUAUGAGUGUUCAGACGGAUCCUGUAUAUUGCUACAUUGGCUCUGCGACGGAACAGCCGACUGUGAUGACGGGAAUGACGAAGCUGACUGUCAAUACAACGGGCCGGAAGUGUGCGAGGAGAAUGAAUGGCAGUGUGGUAACGGUCUCUGUAUCUCCCUCAUAUUCCGGUGUGAUGAUGAAGUAGACUGUGCUGAUAGGUCCGAUGAAACUGACUGCAAUCGUACGUGCGAUGAAGGGCAGUUUACCUGUGGCUCCGGUGAGUGUAUCGAACUGUCAUGGAAAUGUGAUGGUGAACACGACUGUACCGACCAAAGUGACGAGGCAUCCUGUCAUAAUGUCACCAGGUCUGAAGAAGACGAGUGUGUUGGGUUCCACUGUGAUAACGACAGGUGUAUUGUGGAGUCGCUGGUGUGUGAUUCACAGAAUGAUUGUGGGGAUAACAGUGACGAGAAGCAAUGCACUGUGGGAAUGUGUACCCCGGACGAGUUCAAGUGUGAUGAUGGGGGCUGUAUAUCAAAGAGUUAUCAGUGCGACGGGAUUGUGGAUUGUGGUGACAACUCUGAUGAAACCGGAUGUGAUGCUCCAUGUGAUCCGACAAGAGAGAUCAGCUGUGUGGAUGGAUCGUGUAUCACAUUCCAGCAGAGUUGUGACGGAGUGGUUCACUGUCCGGAUGGAAGUGAUGAGUUCGAUUGUGGUAACAUGACGUGCUCGUCGGAUCAGUUUACCUGUCUCACCGCCGGGACUUGUAUAAACAGGGACUGGGUCUGUGACUACCAUUACGACUGCGAGGAUGCGUCCGACGAGAUGGGGUGUGCCCCGAUACAAUGCGGACCAGAUGAGUUUCAGUGCGAUGCUAGGAGCUGCAUCUCAGUAGACGAGAGAUGUGACGGUACUAGAGAUUGUAUCAGCGGAGUUGAUGAAGAACAUUGUGGCAACUGUAGCACGCUGGAGGAGUACCAAUGUGACAAUAAGAAAUGUGUCUCUCUCCUCCUCUUAUGUGACGACUCAGACGACUGUGGAGACUCUUCUGACGAGACCAUGUGCUACACAAGAAACUGCACGGAUUCCGAGUUUAUGUGCACAAGUAACGGGAAGUGUAUAGAGAGAUCUUACAUAUGUGAUGGGGAAUCUGACUGUUUCGGAGACGAAGAUGAACACGCCAUUUUGUGUGCACAUUUGGAGUGUGACCACUACAAGUGUGGAAGUGGAGAGUGUAUUGAGGACAGCUGGGUCUGUGAUGGGAUGAACGACUGUACUGAUCACUCCGACGAACAAGAUUGUGAUGAUGGGUGUGACGGUUACAUCUGUAAACUAACACAAGAAUGUAUCCCCGCUGAAAAGGAGUGUGAUAGAGUUAUAGACUGUAUGGACGGUAGCGAUGAGGUACACUGUGGAGUAAACGAGUGUGUGUUGGGUACUCACGAGUGUUCUCACGCCUGUCUGGAUAAGAUAGACGGAUACUACUGUCUCUGUCCCCCUGGGUACCAGCUCAGCUCUGAUAACCACACUUGUACUGAUAUUGACGAGUGUAGUGAGAUACCAGAACGAUGUGAUCACUUCUGUCUAAAUAACAAAGGAGGGUUCAGGUGUGAGUGUGCAGACGGAUACUUUCUUGAGGACACUUCCAGAUGCAGACUCGCUGGAGCUCGCCAGAUUGCUAGCCUGGUUUACUCUACAAACGAGGGAAUAUACAUGAACUCAGAAGAUGGUGUUCACACCCUGGUAGAAGAUAGUGAGAACAAGAUAACUCAGUUCGGGGUGGAUUCUGAGGGGCGUGUCUUGAUAUUCUACACCACCAAGUCCCAAAAUGUUCAUAAGUUGGACCUUGUUUCUAAUCUAACCACGGUGCUUUACAAAGGAGUAAGAACAGAUACGAUGGUUUUAGACACCCAAAACUCACACAUUUAUUGGUCUGACCAGAAUGAAAUGGCGAUCAUGCAAGGAGACUACUCCGGCUCGACUGCAGUCCGGUUCCUGGAGACCCUGCCUCCACACGCGUUGGCUAUCAGCUCCAAGAGAGGUGUCCUCUACUGGAGUGUCCACGGUCAGGGUCUGAAGAUGAUGUCACUAAGUGACCAGUCUGCUACUGAUGUUUAUGUCUAUCAAACUGGCAACCAGAUGAUAUCCGACAUAGCGGUUGAUGAAGUGCUGGACAGGGUGUACUGGUCAGACUUGAGGAACAGUAAAGUUUACUAUCUAGAUCAGUUCUCCCCCAGUUCACAGUCACACGUUAUCGAAAGGAAUAUAUCGUACCCUCAGGCGAUAGGAAUAUUCGAGCACUACCUGUUCUACCUGAACCAACGCACGGUAAAGAUAGUAAGUUAUGAUAGACUGACCGGGAUGUUGCAAUCUGGUAUGUCACAUCACAGUGGGAUUACAUCAUUCCAGAUAGUAGUGACCCAGGAGCCAGCACCUGAGAUAUCAGUAAACGUGACUUGUCGGUCAGAUCAGCUACUUUGUGAUGGAUCAUGCCUUGACCGGUCUCUGGUGUGCGACGGACAGAAACACUGCUCCACCGGACUAGACGAGAUCAACUGUAUCAACAGUUCGUGUGGUGAGAUGUUCACAUGUGCGGAUAACACGUGUGUACCAGAGAACUGGGUAUGUGACGGACAGACGGACUGCUCGGACGGUACUGACGAGACCUACUCAGCUUGUCAUGAUACAUCUUGUAACACAGACAUCCACUUCAGGUGUGACUCAGGGAGAUGUGUAAACAAGUUGUGGAGAUGUGACGGUCAGGCUGACUGCAGUGAUGAGUCUGAUGAAGCUAAUUGUACAGUGACUGAUUGUCGGGAGGACGAGAUGAGGUGCGGAGACGGUACCUGUAUUACUGAUGAGAUGAAAUGUAACGGAAUAAACGAGUGCACUGAUGGAGCAGACGAGAGUGAGUGUGACGCGGCUGUGUUUUGUGAGACAUCCCUAUCUACAUUCAUCUGUGAUGGUUCUUGUAUUCCUGACGCUUGGGUGUGCGAUGGGAAGGUUGACUGUGUAGAUAAGAAGGACGAAAGAGAAUGUUUCCUGUGUAAAGCAGGACAAGUCUGGAAUAAAGAACAGAGAAAGUGUACUGAGCAACUACCGUGUGACCUGGCUCGCUGCCAACAAAGGUGCCAUGAAGGCAAGUGUUCGUGUAGACAAGGUUACUACCUAGCUGCCGACGGUAAGAGCUGCCAAACAACCCACUCUCCAGUACUUCUGGCUCUGGUCCAACCAUCCGGUGCUCAGCUGGCACAUCUCCAGAACCCUUCUAUUCAGCUGUGGGAACUGGAUAAUAACGCUCCUAAUAAGGACAUGUUGAGUCAGGUGCUGGCUCUGGAUAAUGUACUGGCUCUGGAUUACCAUUUCUCACUCCAGAAAGCUGUGUACGCAGACUCUAAACUAAACUCGAUAAUGAUGACAUCACUGAGUGAGUCGUCAGGGAAACUACAAGAAGUGUAUCACUAUGGUAACACUGCCAUAUCUGAUGUUGCAGUGGACUGGGUAUCUGAUAAUAUCUACUGGACUAAUCAGACAAGUCACGGACUGAUGGUGUCCAAUAUGGAGGGUAGCUCUGUAGUAGAACUGGUAAAGUUGGAGUCCACCCCUCAUCACCUGGUCAUGGACCCCUUCAGUGGUGAUCUGUUCUGGAUCGGUAGUGUUGGAGCUACUGCUCAUAUCUACACUUGCUCUAGGAGUGGUCGAGGUAUGAGACCAUUGUACAGGUCACAGUUCCUCCCCACUUCACUAGCUAUUGAUACGACUACUGGUACUUUAUACUGGUACGAUGCUCACCACAGGGCUAUCUUCUCUACCAAGGGGGCCAGCGAGACUAAGUUCAGCACUGUUGCUAGGAAUAUAAGUCACGUCGAGAAUCUGAAAUAUUUCGAUGGUAACCUAUACUGGGUAUCUGAAGCUGAGGGGAAGUCAGAGCUGGUGACCUACAACGUAAUGUCAGGUGGGAUAGAGAGCGCGAGGAAGUUAGCGAGCAGACCUUUCAAACUGGUCCUCUUCCAGGAGGACUCGCAGAGAGUUUACGACCCUGAGUUGUUGAGUUGCCGAAACAACCGCGGCGGUUGCUCGGACUUGUGUUUUGCGGCGUGGGGAGAUGAACGACGGGGCGAGUGCGGGUGUGUUCAGGGACUGGACACUCUGAGGACGUGUCUAUCUGAGAAGUCUAGUUGUGACCAGGGCUACUGUGAAGGAGACAGCUGGUGUAACUCUACCGGGUCACACCAAGCUUGCAGUUGUGGACACGGUUUCUACGGUGAGCGGUGUGACUGGACUAUGUGUGAAGACCCCUGCUCACUCAACACAAGCUGCUUCCUAAACUACCGGUCUAAUCUCAAAUACUGUUGUCAUGACAACGCUCAGGGUUGUUCAGUAUCGCCUGAUCACGUGGUCAUACAAUCUUUCACGGAUUCUGACCACAAGUACGAUUUCACCACCAUGGUAACAGUGGGCCUGUCUAUAGCUGUGACUCUUGGUGUACUGGCAACAGCUGUUGGGUACAGAAAGUGGAAAAGAACACGUGGGCGGUUGCGUAGCAACACCUUGGUGGACAUGUACCCUAUGGAACCAGUCAGGGACGAACUGAGGCAAGAGGACGACGAACCCUUGUUAUACGACUAGUUAGAGUAUACGUUGCUAGGUUACUGUUGUCAAGUUUCCUGAGUAACUAGAGGGUGCUAGCUUACUGUUAUCCAGUAACUCAAGCUUCCUUCUUUGCCUUAGGUAACGGGUGUUUUUGACCGUUCUUUGCCCUUUUUCCCGGACAAAACGCUUUAAAGUCUAUGAAAUUCUGAACUAUCAUGAUCUGAACAUUUACAAAUAUGAACUGAGAGUAGGAUUUCGAAGUGGCUGAAAUUGGCUAGACCGGUUGGAAUACAUUGCGUGAAAUUUUAAUAUAGGAUUUUAACCGCUGCUGCUCUUUACAAAUUGUGACCGAAAUAGUCCUUAGAUCGUCAAAUCUAACGUUAAACUUUCAAAAAAUGUUAAGGGCAGCAACGGUACACUUUUCAGCCAAUUUCUUUCCUUGCAACGAAAAAAUUCACAUAAUAUUUUGAUUUUCAUUUCUGGCAAGAAAUUGGCUGAGUCUUUUAGGCUUUUUGUAUAAGAGACUGCACUAGGUUAUUUAUUUAUUGAUUAUUUUGUACAGCUUACUUGUUUCUCUUAAUUUGUACGAUAAAGAUAUUUAGGAUUCAAAUUUAUGAUUACGAUAUUUUUCCAAUCGGAUAAAAGAUUCAUUCUUCCAACAUAGAAAUGGGGUAAGGUUUUGAUAGUUGAACAGAUAGAAAUUAGUUAUAUUAUAUCUUAUUAUAAAAAUAAUUUUAGGCUUAAGUGCAGAUAGGAUUUUCUAUAGAUAAACACAGAUUUUGGCAAUUUUGAUAUUUCCUAACCAUUACCCAACAAAAAAUUGUCAGAAAACAUUUUUGAAAAAACUGUAGUCUGUCUGAUGACUUUUCUAUUUUGUUGUGUUUCUUGAUGAAAUGUUGAAUCUGAUUUAAUUUACGUUUUUGUGAUGUAACUUAUACAUAAUUAUGUAAAGUCUCGUAUAAUUAUGACGGCUGUUAUCCUUAUCUUUUGUCUUGCACCUCAUUUGUAACUCUUAUUAUUGUAAUAUUUGUGCCAUAACAUUAGAUUAGAUUUGCUUAGAUUUGUUAAUAGUUUAUGAGAACUUUAGGAUUGGUUAUACUUAAUAAGUUUAUUUACUAUAUAUUAAAUACUAUGUAACGCUGACUAUAGCUCCCUGUUUCUCUGUUGUAGUUUGCAAGUGAUUAUUGCUGACUUGAUUGUUUGAAAGUUAUAUCUUAUCGGCGAUAAAUUUGUUAGAAGCUUCUAAAAAUUUAAAAUAUCUAUAAAACAUAUCAUAAAUUUUCCGAAUGUAAAAUGAUAAAGAUAUUGCCGGUAAGGUUUGUUAAAAGUCUCUUGAACGGUAUUCUACUGUGAUAAUAUAAUAAGCAAGUAGAGCUUAAGAAAUUGUUGUUAUUUAUUUGUUUUUUUUUUUCAUCGUUUACUGGUGACAGUAUAUUAUUUUGCUUUAAAUCAAUUAAGCUAUUUAUUAAUCUCUUGCACUGUUUAAAUAUUUAUAGUGCUGAGCUUGAGUUUUUGGAGAAAUUAGAUAAUUGAUAGUUAAGCCGUUAUUCAUAAUCAAUCUGGUCAUCUGAGGAUUUACUUCUGAAAUUUUGUGAUUUUCAUUGUAAAAUUUUACAAUUCCCGUCGUGGCAGGGAUAGCUUGUGAUUACUGAUUAUGAAUGAUGAAUGAAAGCAAAUUAAUUGCUUUGCUAUGAAAGUAUAAAGUAGAAACAAAAAGCUCGUAUGAGAAACCAUGUUUUAUUCUAACUAU